AUGGAUCUGGUGUCGACCAUCCGCAAAUCAGGCUCCCGAGGCGGCGUCAACUUCAGCUGGGACGACGUCGCCAACUCAGCGCACCGGGAGAACUAUCUCGGCCAUUCACUGAAAGCACCUGUUGGGCGAUGGCAACAAGGACGAGACCUCGGCUGGUAUGCCAAAGCGGACGCAGAUGAUGCCAACUCCAACGAGACUGAGGAAGAGGCCAAGGCUCGCAGACGUCGGGAGGAGAUUCAGAAAAUCAAGGAGGCCGAGGAGGAUGCAAUGGCAGCAGCACUAGGACUGCCGCCCCCGUCUCUGGAUCAAGGGUCACCGGCGACCAAGACGACGCAGAGGGUGGACUCCGAGUCACAAAACCGGAGAAGAGCGAAGGAGCUCGUGGACGACGAUCAGACGGCAGAGAUGAGAGGAAGAGGGAAGGUCGUGACCGCGAGCAUCGUCACAGGCAUCGCCACCGAAGCCGAAGUCGCAGCAGGGAAGGAUACAGGGAGCACCGGAGGAGAGACCGAGACAACGAUGGUGAACCGUCCUCACGCCGGGACCGCAGAUCGCACAGGAGCCGGAGUCGCAGCCGGGACGGUGAUCAUCGCAGACGGCAUAGGCACCACGGGACCACACGGAGCAGAAAUGAACGUCGCCAGAGGUCUCCAGACAGACGGAGGAGUCUCAGCCCUGGACAUAGGCGGAACCCGAGUACCUGUCCCAGACACCGAUAUCGAUUCUCGCGACUAUAUUACCACCCAUACCGUAAUAACACUGCAGCAACUCGGUCCCGCCGCUUCCGAACAGGCGCAGCCUGUGGUAGCCGUGAUGGACUACUCCAAGCUGCGAGCAACCGCCUUGACGGCUGGUGAAGAUGAAGAAGCCGUCACUGUAGAUACCAGAGCACUGAUUGACAAGGUGCUGGCAAGAUACUCGGGAGAAUGGACGACAUUGCGAGAGCUCAUCCAGAACGCCGCCGAUGCCCAGGCCACAACUGUCUCGAUCACUUAUGAGACCCUGCCCUCGACCACGACGCCUCUACCUGCCACGCCAAACCGAUCGGAACUGCUGAAGCACACAUUGGCUCACCACACACUUCGUCGCUUAGUUGUGAAGAACAACGGCCAGCCAUUCGCCAAGACAGACUGGGGAAGGUUGAAGCGCAUUGCUGAGGGCAACCCGGACGAGACCAAGAUCGGUGCUUUCGGAGUAGGCUUCUACAGCGUCUUCGCCGACUGCGAGGAUCCAUUUGUCAGCUCUGGUAACGAAGCCAUGGCCUUCUACUGGAAAGGAAACGCCCUCUUCACAAGAAAGUUGGUCCUGCCGCCGGAGCAAUGUACAAAGGACACUGCUUUUGUCCUUGAUUACCGUAACACGACGACACCAAUUCCGAAUCUACUGUCCAUUAGCCAGUUUCUUGCGACAAGCUUGACUUUUGUGGCUCUGCAGAACAUCGAAUUCUGGAUUGACGACUACAAGGUCUUGUCCUUACAGAAGAAGACCGCUCCGAGUGUCAACGUGCCCAUUCCGAGGGACUUGGAGACCAAGACUCGUGAUGGCCUUAUGAAACUGGCGAUGGUGGACCGCACCAGCGCCCAGAUCGAUGCCUCCUUCAUGGGGGCUAUCGGCUGGAAACCAGUGGCUGCAACGAAUGCGUCCAACGAUAGCGCUGCCUCCGACGUUCCUAGCAUAAGAAGCUUCUUCUCAAGGCUAGCCACAUCUGCUGUGCAAGCAAACAGAAGCAAGGCAGCCAAAGAGGAAGCCGCUGUUCAACAAGCAAUUGCUGAGGAUAUCACUGCUCAGUCGACUUCGAGCAUCUUCCUCCAGGUCACGACUGGCUCAAUACAGACCAAGGUGUCUGCUUCUUUUGCAGCGGAGUUGGAGCGUGCCACGAAGAAGCCACCGCCCAAGACGACAAAGUUGGCGAUACUGACAUCGUCAUACGACGAGACUCUGGCUUCUGAAAAUUCAUCCAGCUCAGGCCCGGCUGCCAAGGCUGCCGAUGUCUUUGCGUCAGUACUGCCAAACAAGAAACCCGGUGGCAGGAUUUUCAUCGGUUUCCCUACUACACAAACCACGGGGGCUGGCAUGCACAUCUCAGCGCCGUCUGUCAUCCCCACAGUCGAACGUGAGGCCAUCGACUUGAACGCCCGUUGGGUCAGGAAUUGGAACAUCGAGAUGCUCCGAGUUGCUGGCAUUAUGACACGCCUGGCAUUCGCCAAUGAGAUGUCUGAUCUGGAGCUGAAGCUCCGGAGGGUCAUAGACGCGAGGGCCAAGGGCUCUCAACCAACAAAAGACGAAGUCGCGAAAUUUAUUCCCGAAGCCCUGCACAUCUUGAAAACAUAUUCAUUUCAGGAUUCGACCCCUAGCGCCAACGUUGGACAGAUCAUCGAGGAGUCAUUCUGGUUUGCCUUUCAGAAAGCAUCGAUCGAAGUCUUUUCAAGUCGUGGUGUCUUGUCCUCCACUAAAGUCCGUAUGGGCUCUGACGAGUUGGCAAAGUUCGUCAACGGCAUACCAGUUGUCUUGGAUGAGAUGAAAGACGCUGUUUUUAUGAGAAAGCUCGAGGACUUUGGUCUCAUCCAACGGAUCACCGCGGACGAUAUCCGCCAGGAGCUGGAAGCGAAAGCGCUGAACAAGGACCAGCUGAUACACUUCAUCAGCUGGGCUAGCAAGAAGGCAGCGAGUGGAGAGCUGGAUCCCGGCAGUAGGUCGCGUCUCUUUGAUGUGACUGUUGCCACGAUUGGGGAUGGGGACGACUCAGGCGAAAUCAUUGCACUGGCCUCUGUCAAGAACUAUCUCAUCAGCAACAAAAUUCCACCGAGCCUGCCGAUACCUCCGACAACAAUUCCUUUUGCAUUCACGAACCACCUCACGGAACCCCAGCUCCAGGCCCUAGGCUGGGAGCGACUGGAGACUGUGCCUUGGCUGCGAUUCCUGAUAGAGACGGCACCCGGCCGGGCCGAGGACGAAAACAUUACCAAGUCACCCAAAUUUGCCGUGUCAGUCUUGACUGUCCUGUCGAAAAACUGGGAAAACAUGAGUUUGGGCUCAAAGAACACUAUUAUGUCUUUGCUACAAGGCAUCACAGUAAUGCCGACGAAGAUGGGAAUGAAGAAACCUUCAGAAUCCUUUUUCCCUUCAGUAAAGCUGUUUGACGACUUGCCUACGAUAGAAGGGUGCCAGACUCUCAAAGAGAAAUUUCUGUCCGCCUUGGGAGUCCGAAGAACACUCGAUCUGGACACCAUUUUCUCGCGGCUGCUCAAUCCUUCCGGGGAAACAACUCACAAACCUUGGAGCCAUAUGGAGCUCAUCAAGUAUCUGGCUUCUGUAACGGAUGACAUCCCCGCAGAGGACAAGAAGAAGUUGAAGAACUCCCAGAUUUGUCCCGCAGAAGCUGGACCGGCAGGCAUGGAAUCUACCCAGGGCACAAAGGAGCUAUACAAGCUAUCUGAUCUCUUCGAGCCCAAAUCAGAUCUUCGAGCUCUCGGGCUGCCUCUUCUGCAGUGGCCUGGGCCACCAGGGAGCUUCAGGGCCAGUUCGAAGGAGGGCAAAUUUCUCUACAGCCUAGGGUUGCGCCCUUAUCCUUCUGUCCCGGAGCUUGUGGAAAUGAUGGCGUCGUCUGACCAAUCACUGAGAGAAAAAGCCAGGAAUUACUUCAUUGCAAACCAUCAGAUAAAUGGAUACGUUGCCUUCAACAUUGCGAACACCAACAAGGCCAUCCUUCCAUUGCAGGGCGACGCAAAGCAGCUGGUGCCACCCUCUGCCUGCUACACCAACGAAUCAGCCUCUGUGCUAGGUUUCAACAUCCUGGCCAGGGACCUCCACCAGCAUGCCAAUAAAUUUGGGGUUCCUCGUGAUCCCCCGAUCGAGAACUGUGUAUACAGACUUAUUACUAAACCCCCACAGAGUCGUGAUUCUGCAAUAACUUUGUUUGAAUACUUCACUGCUCGAAUGAACGACUUGGGUGAGGGCAGUCUGGCCAAGUUGAGAGCGGCGUCAUUUGUACCUGUCAGUCGCAAGAGACGGCAUGAUGAAUCGUCAGGGGAGAAAGCCCAGUCUCAGAGCAUUACGCUCGUGGCUCCCCAGAGUGUCUAUCUUGGUUCAUCGUCGACGUACGGGGAGAUCUUUGAUUUUAUCGACUUUGGUCGCACGGCAAAUGCAUUCUUGCUCAAGUGCGGAGCAAAGCUGGAACCAACCAAGCAUGAGAUCGCCACAUUUGCCUGCAGCGAGCCUGUUCGGCUGUGGACCACGGUUCAGACGUCUGAGAAGUACCUAGAUGUCUUGAGAUCGCUUGCAAGCGACUUGCCAACCCUGAAACGAGACAAAGAUCUCUACAGGAAGAUGAAGACCGAGAAAUGGCUGUUGGCCUUCAAGGACGUUCCAUCCCCUAAGAACAAGGGUACGGAAGAUGACGAGUACAACGAACCCAUGCGACAUGCCCAGCUCGCCGCACCUGGUGAGAUUGUCAUAUCGGAUGACUUCUACAGCUUCCGACUGUUCAAGGAACAUCUGCUCUCGGCUCCCGAAGAUGAUGCCCUAGAGGCCUUCUACCUGUCACUGGGCUCUCCUACAAUCAGUAGCUUGGUACAAGAGGACGCGCGUGUCGGUAGAUCAAUGCCAUCCCAGGAUGGCGCUGAAUGGUUGCGGAAACACAUCCUAGAGCGCACGAAGUUGUUCCUACACGAGUACCGAAACAUCCGGAGGGAUACAAUCAAGCAUGACGCGAAAUGGUUGGAGAAGAACCUGGCCGUUGAGGUCGUCCAGAGCGUUCAACUUAGGCGCACAUUACGGGGUCAAGCCCAGUCGCACACGGAGAAGCGGUCAGCGAUGGCCAUGCGGUCCGCCACAGGACAAAAGUUGUACAUCUCUGCUGAUCAGGGGAAGCCGGAUAUGUACCAGGUGGGCCAGGCCGUCUGUUCGCUAAUCCUCACACGCCACAAUCAACAGUCAUACUUCUUCUUCGAGCCGUUCCUGAAGCUUGGUCUCCUAGAUCUUAGGGCUCGUGGAUACAAUGUUGACAGGAUACUGCGUGCGAAGGCCGAGGAGGCGCGGAUGGCAGAAGAGGAGAGGCGCAAGGCUCUGGAGGCUGAGGAGCAGAGAAUCAGGGAGAGAGAAGCGGACUGGGCUCGCCAGAACAAAGCUGCUGCCGAGGCUGAGAGCAAGCAGCGUCCCCGCACACCAGCAGAGCCGUCGUCGAAGAUGCCGGGUGCGUUUGAUUCUCCCGAGGAUACGCCCGAGCUCCCGCCACCACCUCCCAACCAACAGGAUAGGCGCAGCAAGGGGUUCUUCUCAAACUUCACCCGCAAGUUUGGUCUGGAUAGAGACGGGGCAGCGGAGCAGCAGUUGGACAAGCUGCUCACGAACCCGGGAUCCGAGGCCAAGCCCGCUCCCCCAGCGCCCCAGGCUCAAGGUCCAGGUGACAGCGGCCGAGUAACGAGCCCAGCUGUUGUACAGAAUAAUCUGCUGCAGGCCAUCCGGUCUACAAGGCCACACGACUCGUCGUCUGUGUUCAGCCCACCGCAGACACAAGAAGUCAAGGAGCAGGCCACAUACUGCGACAGCAAGCCCGCCCAGAACAUCGUCUUCGCGGCACAGGCGCCGCGCGGCAUGAAGGUGUACCUCUCCAGGGAGCUCUCCACGGACCAGAUGAGCUUCCUGACCGCCAACGGGGACGCGAUCUCGACCUUCGAGUCGCUCCUGCGCGACGUCGCGGACGUCUACGGCGUCUCCCCCACGGCGCUGCAGAUCCACUUCGACGAGGAAGGGCCCUGCAUCGCCUUCAACCUGAACGGCAGCAUCUUCUGCAACCUGCGGUACUUUAGGCAGCUGCACUACGACAAGAUGAGGGCCGCCGGCCCCUCGGGGGCGGCGACCAAGGCCGAGGCCGGGAUCUGGUGGUUCGUCGUCGUGGCGCACGAGCUCGCCCACAACCUCGUCGGGCCGCACGACGCCAACCACAGCUACUACACCGAGUCCUUUGUCCAGGAGUACUUCACCAAGAUGAUGUCGCGCGCCAUGUCGUGGACCAACGCCGCCGCCGCCCAGGCGUCAGAUAGCCGUGGCAGCCAGCGACAGAUCCCGGUCACCAUCAACGGGGCUCAGCCUGAGCAGCAGCAGCAGCAGCAACUACCGCCUCCGCCGCCUUACAGUAAGAUGAACUAG